UAAGCUCAAUUGUAUGUCAGCUCGAUUGGUAUGCCUGCCUACGCCGAGCUACCCACAAACCAGUUAGCUAGCAUAAUUUCUUCCAAAAUCAGCCCGAUAUAAUCUCUGGUUAUCCUGAUGACGGAAACGGUUUGAUCAAGAUUUUCUUCAAGGACAUGGUUUUAACCUGCUCGAGGAUUCGGAUUAUUCGGUUGUCAGUCCAGAUCGCUUUAUAGCAAACCAGCUCAGCUAACAAGCUAAGUGGCUAGCAGCGCCUUCGAUGACAUUUCAGUGAAAAACACAACGAAACAGUCUGCAUGGCCUGUGAGCUGCUGAGUUAGUGUCCGGCCCGUGUUUGAGGAAGGCCGGCCGGGCCGCGGAGCCCAAAAGAGAAAAUGUCAGCGCAGAACAGGAACUCUGUGCUGAUUCUGUCGGGUCGAGAGCGAGGAGCUCGCGCGCUGGGCUCCCAGCGCCUCCUGCAGCAGCUUGUGGAGGACAGGACCCGCUGGAUGAAAUGGCAGAGUCAGAAGGUAGACCUGCCUGAUAAUCCACGAUCAACCUUUCUCCUGGCCUUCAGCCCAGAUAGGAAUCUUGUGGCCUCAACCCAUGUCAACCAUAACAUCUACAUCACAGAUGUGAAGACAGGAAAGUGCCUGCACUCCUUGGUGGGCCACAGGCGAACACCUUGGUGUGUGACCUUUCACCCCACCAUCUCUGGCCUGGUGGCCUCCGGGUGCCUUGAUGGAGAAGUUCGCAUUUGGGAUCUGCAUGGUGGAAGUGAGAGCUGGUUUACGGAGAGUAACGUAGCCAUCGCUUCACUGGCGUUUCACCCGACGGCUCAGCUUCUUCUCAUCGCAACCAACAACGAGCUCCACUUCUGGGACUGGAGCCGUCCCGAACCGUUCGCCGUGGUCAAGACCGCCAGUGAGACUGAGCGAGUCCGGUUGGUACGGUUUGAUCCUCUAGGUCAUAAUCUUUUGACAGCUAUUGUGAACCCAUCUAAUCAGCAGAAUGAAGAUGAUUCAGAGGUCCCAAUGGACAGUAUGGAGAUGGCUCUGUUCCGCCAGCGUUCUCUUUUACGUUCCCCGCCUGUGCGCCGUACGCCCAUCCUGCACAAUUUUCUGCACAUUUUGUCCUCCCGGUCAUCAGGGGCUCAAGCUAGCGAUCAGCCCCGGCCUGCCCCAGAGCCCCGUGAGCCACCCAGCAUACCUCGGUUCCAGUACCCUGUGCGGGCGGAACCAGGCGACCGCCCUGGCUUACAGGGCUGCACGCAGCACUUAGGCCUGGGGUGCCUGUGCAGUCGUUGCGCCGCCUCUCGGAACUUACUAACGCAGAAUCCGACAACUCUCCAGCCUUCGGAUUCUUCUCAACCGGGCCCCUCUGCCUUCACGCCCACCCCCGGUCAAAGCCGCACCUCCGCGGACCGACCCUCGGCUUUCAGCAGUGUGUUCAGUGCGACUGCAGGAAACUCUGCACAUCGGAGUCUCCCUCCCCUUAGAACUAUUGAUCCCAUUGGGUCACAGGUACCUGGGCCCCCAGAGGCCCCGGUGCGCCUCCCUGGGGCAGACUGGUCUGGUAGCCUGCUUAGCACAGGGCAUGAACAUACCUUAGGUGCAAUUGGAGUCGAAAAUGGAAGGGGUGUGGUGCCCCCUCCCAGAACUAGCUCCUCCUCAAUGGAUCUCCUCUCGUUGCGUAGGUUCCCAGACAGUUCCUCAUCGUCACCCAUAUACACGUCUGCUACUGAGGGGCGUGGCCUAGUGCUGCCUGGCGCUGAGCCGAACCGGGGGCGAGCCAACGAUGGCACGAGCAGCGGGCAUCACCCCUUCUACGAUACCACCCAGCGCAACAACCCUGCCUCCAUAAGGAACGUCCUGCAGUGCAACCUGAGCCGUUACUUCAUGGAGUACGAGCGCAUGCAGGAGUUAGAGCGGCCGGGAGGCAGCCGAGAGGUCGUUGGCGGACCCGGACCCAUGCAGGAGCUGCUAAACAGUAGCAUGGACACUGAACGCCCGGGGCCAUCUCAUGGUAACUCAUCCCACACUGGAAAUGGAGGCCCGGUUGCCAGUCCCUCUCAAAACCACCCCAAUCGCUGUCGUUCGUGCCACAACCUCCUAACCUUCAACCAUGACACCCAGCGCUGGGAGCGUUCUGGCCAGACAUCCUCUUCGUCGUCCCAAGAAGGGCCGACUUGGCCACUUUCAGUGCCUCCUUUUGAGGACCCUGGUCGGAGUGCACGAGUGGAAGCCCAACCUCCCGAAAUGAGGCCCAUGGAGCUCGGUGAUGCCUCUUCUGGUGUACAGGGACAGCAGCCCAUGGGUCUUGUGUACAAUCAGGAGACGGGACAGUGGGAAAGUGUGUACCGGCAGCGGACGGCAAGCGCUCCGCCUGAGGCAGCGCCGGAUGCCUUAAAUCCAGAGGUGCCUGUGGAUAACCCAGAUGAGGACUCGCUUAGGAGGAGGUUGUUGGAAUCGUCGCUCUUUCCGUUUUCGCGAUAUGAUAUGUCGGGGUCCAGAGAUCAUCCUAUAUACCCAGACCCUGCCAGGUUGUCUCCAGCUGCAUACUAUGCUCAGAGGAUGAUCCAGUAUCUGUCUCGGAGAGAAAGUAUUCGCCAGCGAUCCCUACAGAAUCGCUUGCGGACGCUGUCAACCUCUCAAGCUGACAGCCAGGCCAACAACCCAUCAGCCGCACCACAAGAGGCCAGCGAUGGGGACUAUGAGGAUAUUGAGGAACCUGGAGACAGGACGAGACACAGAAUGCCACGCAACGCUAGAAUGUCUGCCCCCUCUCUCGGACGCUUCGUCCCUCGGAGGUUUCUGUUACCAGAGUAUCUGCCUUAUGCCGGACUGUUUCAUGAGAGGGGUCAGUCAGGGCUGGCUACUCACUCCUCUAUUAACAGAGUAUUAGCAGGUGCAUCUAUCGGCGAUGGGCAGUCAGCUGUGGCCAGUAACAUCGCCAACACCACAUACAGGCUACAGUGGUGGGAUUUCACCAAGUUUGAUCUUCCAGAGAUUAGCAAUGCUUCGGUCAACGUGCUGGUUCCUCACUGUAAGAUCUACAACGAUGCCAGCUGUGAUAUUUCAGCAGAUGGGCAACUGUUAGCCGUCUUCAUUCCCAGCAGCCAACGGGGUUUCGCUGACGAGGGCAAUCUGGCCGUUUACUCCCUCGCACCUCAUAACCUGGGAGAGAUGCUCUACACCAAGAGAUUCGGACCGAACGCAAUCUCUGUGAGUCUUUCUCCCAUGGGUUGCUACGUGAUGGUAGGAUUGGCCUCUCGGAGGAUCCUGCUUCAUCCCACCACUGACCACAUGGUGGCGCAAGUGUUUCGCCUGCAGCAACCGCACGGAGGCGAGACAUCCAUUAGAAUGAUGUUUAAUGUGGUAUAUCCCAUGGCUCCAGACCAGAGGAGACACGUCAGUAUUAACUCAGCCCGAUGGCUUCCAGAACCAGGCAUGGGAUUGGCCUAUGGAACCAACAAGGGAGACCUGGUCAUCUGCAGGCCAGUUGAUUUCCGCAGCGAUGGGGACACUUCAUCCGAUCUGAAUACGGAUACGCUCUUUACCAUCAACAGCAACGGCAGCAGUCGGACACGUGGAGUGGAACGCCCAGGGACCAGCAGGUCCGGCUGGCGAUUCGACCGGGACAUGGGCCUAAUGAACGCUAUCGGCUUGCAGCCACGUCAGCCCGCGCCUUCUGUGACCUCACAGGGGACGCAGACGCCGGUGGUGCGGCUGCAGAAUGCCGAAACGCAGACAGAAAGAGACCUCCCUUCAACAAGCACCUUACAGAACCCACACACGUCCAGACACAUGGUUCAGACUGCCAGCACCAGCACGGACAGACACACACACCUCGAGUCAACCCACACACUUUCACACACAGCCGUUCAAGCAUCAGCCACAGAUGGAUCACUGAACCGGACCGGUUUACCCAGCACAUAUGGGGAAUCAUCAGCUGAGUCUGGCACAGGUGAGGACGCACUUUCUCGUAUCCGCCGCCUAAUGGCGGAGGGCGGAAUGACGGCCGUGGUCCAGCGGGAACGCAGCACUACCAUGGCCUCAAUGGGUGGCUUCGGAAACAAUAUCGUGGUCAGCCAUCGGAUUCACCGCGGUUCACAGACCUCUGUUAGGACGACUCAGGCUGGAAACCCCACCUUGGAAAGUGGUGUCUCCUCCGCAGCCCUUUUUCGCACUGAACCCUCUGCAGACUCUCUAGAAGCUCCCGGUCCAUCGGGGUCUGGCGGUCCCACUCUUCCGCCACAGUUUACAGCUCGUUCCGGCGCCGCUGAAGCGUCACCUUUGGUUGAGGCGGACUUGUUCGGGGGCCGUCAAAACGAUGAGCCCCAACGUUAUUCACACUCUAGCCGCUUGAACGUGUCCAACCAUAGCAACAACAACAAUAAUGACCGUAGCAACAGCUACAGUGAAAGCAGGAGCCGGGAUUACCCUGAUGAUCUGUAUGGCAGAUAGUCUUACGUCAGGCGGACGUAAAGGCGAUGUUUUGGUCUGCAUGGUGCUUGGGCAUGCCGGGCACUUUGUCAGAGUACCCUAAGUUACAAUGACCGAGCUUUUGAGGGCGGAACCACUUAACUUUUCGCCUCUCUUCUGACUCCUCUCACUUUGGCCUUAUUUGGGAAAGAAUGAGUGCCAAGCAUUUCAUGCCGUCUCUUCGGAGACGUCACCCUCUCAGCUCAGACUCUCUUUGGGGAAGCAUCGUUGUUGCACUUGCGCGUCGCACCUAAGUUAUAAUUCGUACUUCCCUUCAGGGUUGAGUCUCGGACAUUUCAUCAUUCCAAGCGAGAAAGGGCGUCAUACUUGAAUUGUUAUUCCCAAACACGGUUUGCUCAAGUCGUCAUCUUCAUCAGCCAAUCGAAGUGCCAGUUGAGGUUGUGGGCGUGUGGAUCCUUCGCAGCAUCCAGUGCCCGAGGGUUUUUGUUUUUUUAGGACAUUUUGGUGUGAGAAACAUGGCCGACUGACUUUCCUCACAGGUUAACACUAACUUUAAGCUAUCUUCACAGAAUCCUGACUUUUUGGUUCAAAUCAAUAGUCAUGCUGAUUUUAGUUAUUUGUGUUCGAUAAUGUGACUUCCACAAAACAGUGUUCGAGUCAUACGGUUGCGUUACGUCUGGAACAAUGAAUCUCUCAGACUAAAAACACUUAUGUGUGUGCGUGCGUGUGUGUGCGUCCCCUUAACUUCCAAAUUGCGAGUUUUAUGAUGUUUUUUAAUUUGAAUUUAUUUAUCUGCGGUUUGAAAAAUGCAUUGUUGAAAGCAUGUUGUCUUUAAUCAUCUAUUGGGUUACAAAAGCGGUUCUAGAACCUUCACUGUGCUUCGUAUCUCUCAUAUCUGCAUGUGUGUGCAAUUCCAGAGCUUUUAUAUGAAGAGGUGUGGCUAAAUGUGCAGGGCGGGGCAUACGCCAAUUAGCAUGUAGGCUGUAGACACACAUGUGCGUUACAAAAGUGUAAUUUGGGUGCGUGUGAAGCGUCAAAUAAUUACCUGUAAUUUUAUGCAAAAUGCAUAAUCAUGCAGACUGUGUAGUAAAUGUAAGGCCAUUUUAUUCAUUUGCACCAUGUUUUUCUAUUUAAAUCAUUUCCAGAACAAUUUAUUUGCAGAAUUACUUCAUUCAUACGGUGCAGUUCGUUCCCCGAGGCAUUUCCACCAAUCACAGCAGGCCACUCGCAUCAUGUUUCCAAUCGAUUGCACUAAAACCCUUUAUUCUUUCAAAACUGCACCAAAAAUCAUAUUACAGUAAACUUAACCAGAUAAUUGUAGAUAACAACACUUGAAUAAUCUAUAUAGUUUAUUUUUCAGAUGGGCAUUGUGGAAAGAUUCGGCACUAUAUGCUCAUACCGCAGGUCUAUAAAACACGCACAGCGCCGAGUCACUGAUAUUGUCCGUAUGCGUUCACGUGUGCAUGUCUGUGUGUCUGUCUACAGAGUUUUAUUAUAAAUAAAUGUAGCGUUGUAAAUGUAGAAAUGGUAAAUCGAGAAAAAAAAACUUGAAAUCAUAUUUCGGCGUGUUUUGAGCUUCUUUGUGUUUGUUAAGAUCACGCGUACGAUCGGUCAGCUCAUUGCAUAACGUAACAAGCAUUAACAGACCUUUAGUUAACAUGCUUUCAUUAGUGUCGAAGACUACAUUUUAUUUCUGGAACAUUAAUUAUUUUAGCUGCUUGGCUUGAAUUUGUAACUUUUUGUAAAAAAAGAAAGUAAAAAAAACGUGCCCUAUAUAUAUAUGAAUGGUUUGUCGGUGACACUUUUGAACGGUUGCGGAUGCAUUUUAGUUGGAUUGUGAGGAUUGUCUAACAAGCAAUGGCAGCUGAGGAAGCUUUAGGUGGAAGUUUUGUUUCUUCUUCACGAGCUCUUUUGAAUGCUGAGUGUUUAGUUGAUGUAGGAGUGUCUUACUAAUGGUGCUUUUCUGUUUCGAUAUUUAUUAUAUGCUUUGUGAGAACGAUUGAUGCAAUCAUGAUUUUAAACAAUGCCUUUUUACUCAUGAACUUACUUCAUCGUAAUAAAAUUUAAACAAGUGCACCUCACAUUUGGAUAUCAUCUUCACUUAUGUUUGACCGUAUGCACACUUUUAUUUUCGGAGGUUUAUUCAGGAUUUUAGUUUAGGCCUAACGUCAUGGUCAAAGACAUCAGAAGCUGAAGAAAGGCAAAAAAAAAAAAACAUUUUAAAAACUGUAAUUGUGUUCUUGUUGGCUGUGUGGUUAUGUGUGUCUUUUCACUGCUGGAUCGGUAACUAAACAGAAGUCACGAUGAUGAAAAAGACUAGAAUUUGACUUCCUCUUCUGCCCAGAAAUGAGGGAUGUCUUGUAUUGACUUAUAAAUGUGUAGUUGCUCUUAUAUGUAGUGAAAAUGAGGAUUAGGUGUUGGAAAAGACGAUUGUGUGGGACACCAAAGAUCCUGUGGUAAUGAUGAUUAUGAGAGUUUUAAUAAAAUGGGAAUAUGGAAAUAA